AUGGAAAUCACAAGCAGGAAGAAGAAUUGGUCGGAGGCGGAGAUCGCCAUACUUGUCGAUCAAGUGGAGGAGAAUAAAGAUGUACUGAAAGGGAAAUUUUCGACCUCCCUUUCAGCUGCAUAUAAGGCUGCUACAUGGGCACGCAUCACAAUUUUUGAUUUUGAAGAUUUUUUCCAAGUGCUUAACAAAAGUUUAAAUUUUUUAAAAUUGGUGUUUCAUUUAAAUAGCAUCAAUGCCGUAGGGGGGAGUGGCCGUACCUUAAAGGAGGUGAAGAAGAAAUGGCAGGAUGUGCAGUCCUCUACAAAGAAGAAAGAGGUGGAUAGACUGAAAAUCCAGCGUCAGACUGGUGGAGGCCCACCUCCAACUGAUAUUAAAGAGUGGGAAAGAAAGAUAGUUGGAAUAAUGUCUAAGAGUGUGUUGUGUGGAAUUCCUGGUGGGUGUGACAGUCUCGUGUCAGAGAUUGAACAUGUAAAGGAGAGUGAGGGGGCUAUAUGUCCAGUUGAUAGUGCUGCAGAGCAGCCUGCACAGAUGAAAUAA